AUGUGCCACGCCUUGUGCGCAAUGGCGGAACAAUAUGGGCUCCCCAAUGCGCACAUGUACGCCAUGGCAGUCGCCCCUACCGGUUGUGCCGCCGUCGUGGCAGGCGGCAACACUUGCCACAGCAUUGCUGGGUUGCCCACGAAGGCUUGGCACGAUGCUCAACGCGAGCCUGCGGCGGCUCUCCUUGCACGAAUCCAAAAUGCGUUUAAGUCUACUUGGCUUCUGUUCAACGACGAGAAGUCGAUGAUGGGCUUGCAAAUGUUGGGCGCCUUCGACUGCAGAGCGGCUCAGGCUCUUCAAGGCCGUCGGUCCAUGUAUCCAUUCGAUCCUUACUGCGACGGGCGAUUCGAUGGCGGCGCCUCUUUGACAGAGAUUUCGAAUGGUUUCAGGCGCUUUGCUUCAUACGUUUUGAUUGGUGACUUGGGCCAGCUGCCACCAGUGAUGGACACCAAAUGGUGGAAGACGACCCACUCCGCCAUGGGGCUGCGAGGCGACCGGUUGAUCCAGUCAAUUGAUGUUUCUUGGAGUUUACUGGGCAGCGUGCGACAAAAAGGGGACAGUACCUAUGCGGACCUCCUCUGGCGUGCCCACGAGGGCGAGUUCGUAGAGGACGAUUGGCGCGUCCUCCGCGAGCGCGUCGAGACCCAGUUGCCACCUGCCGAGCGCGACUCCUUCAGCGACGCCAUGCGGUUGUACCAGACGAAAGCUUUAGCGCGCGCGGCGAACUUGUCAUGCAUGGCGCGUGGUUUCGGCGUGCGGUUCCCGCGCGUGGCCCACGUGCCUGCGACUCACAAUGUCGCCGCGGCUGCGUCUUUUAGUGACGACCACGCGGCGGGGUUACAACGGACGGCUUGGCACGUCGUCGGUGCCCCGCACAUGAUUACUAGUAAUCUUUGGACCCGCGCAGGCUUGACGAACGGCCUGACCGGUGAACUCGUCGAUCUUAUUUGUGAGCAGUCUCCGUGGGAAACAUGUCUGCUUGUUGCACUACUUGCCGUGGACGUUGAUAAACUUCCACGUGGCUCUGGCUUUACUUGCGCCGACGAGGCGUUGGCCGUCCGAUUGUUUGGCCGGAAGUUGUGCGACGGGUUUCGUGAGCGGACCCAGGGCGGGAGACGCCACGUUUGCCCUGGUUUUGAAACUUGCCCAAGAGGCGUGGAGGCUCAUGCUCCACGGCGGGUGCUCGUACCCGUGCCGCCCAUAACGCGUGAGUGGCGGGACCGCCGAGGCCGCGAGAUGACGAGGACAAUGUUGCCAUUAAGACUGGCAGUUGCGAUCACGAUGCACAAGUCCCAGGGCAUGACAAUUCCUUGUGUUGCUGCAAAUUUGGGCGACACGGAAAUGCAUCUGGGCGGUACGUUUACCGUCUUGUCUCGGGUGCCUGCCUUGACUGGCCUUGCUUUGGAGCGUGGCUUGAAUUUCGACCGGUUGGCCAAGAUCAACCAGAGCCGGUCUUUGUUGGCACGGAAAGAGUACGAAGCUGCGAAAUGGCCACCGCUCGAAGCCAAUGCGCUUCGACAUUUUCAGUCGAUCCUUGCAGAGCUGUUGCUGAGACGGGGGUCUCCCGAAGCAGCUGUGCUGGACACGAUCGGCGGCUUGGCCGAAACAGCAGCUGAGCAAUUGUCACUGCCUGACUUCACUGCGGAACUGUGA